AUGCCAGUAUUUUUAAAACGGUCCAAAGCAAUAUUGGGAACCAAGGAUGUUUACAGGACUUUAAAGGAGCACAAGUCGGAUAACCUUGGCAACAAAAUAUGGGCUUCGUGGAAGCGGGAACUGAAAAAUUCGAAGGGUAAACCGAAUCUGCUAAGAGCUCUUCUUCGGGUUUUUGGGUGGCAAUUCGGUAUUUUGGGACUAGUAACCUUUUUGGUGGAAUUGGGACUGAGAACCCUUCAGCCAAUGCUAUUGCUAGAGCUUAUUUCCUACUUCGUUAACAAAUCAGAAGUUGUUGAGAAAGGCUAUUACUAUGCGGGUGGACUAAUCAUAAGCAGUUUCCUCGGCGUGAUCAUCAUACAUCCGGCAUUUUUUGGCAUCCAACAUCUCUGUUUCAAGAUGCGAAUCGCCAUAGGCAGCAUGAUCUAUAGGAAAGCACUACGGCUAAGCAAUCGGGCACUGGCCGACUCAAUGUCUGGACAUGUGCUUAAUCUUAUAUCGAACGACGUAGCCCGACUGGACAGUAAACCCUUCCAGGCUCACUAUUUGUGGAUUGGGCCGCUACAAACGCUGGUAAUCAGUUUCUUGAUGUACCAAGAGAUUGGGAUUGCAGCCCUGUUUGGCGUCGCCUUCAUGGUGCUCUUCAUACCCCUGCAGUUGUAUAUGGGCAGGAUCACGGCAGUACUGCGAUUAAGAGCGGCCAAAAGGACGGACAAGCGAAUGCGGUUGAUCAACGAAAUAAUUUCGGGCAUUCAAGUUAUCAAAAUGUAUGCUUGGGAGUUACCUUUCCAGAGAAUUGUGGCAUAUGCUCGCAAAAAGGAGAUUAACACUAUUACCCAAGGGGCAUAUUUAUACAAUCUUACCUUAGCCUUCCAAUUAUUUAUAUCGCGCGUUUCCAUAUUCCUCAGCCUGGUUGGCUAUGUGAUUCUGGGAAGGCUUCUUAGUCCGGAAGUGGCUUUUCUGAUAACCGCCUACUAUAACGUGCUUCAAAACUCCAUGAUCGUAUAUUUUCCAUUUGCCAUAAAUCAGUCGGCGCAAAUCAUAGUUUCUAUGAAACGUAUAGAAAACUUUAUGCUAUUGGAUGAGGUGAAACAGCCUGCAAGAAGCCCACAUUUGCCGACGGAGGAAAAUAAAGAUGAAGCGGAAGAAAUUCUAUUGCCUCCGACGCACUCCGACACUAAUAUACCCCCACUUUCUGGUAUUUCGAUCUCAAGGUUUGCGGCCAAAUGGGACCAUAACUCGCCCGACUACGCACUUAGUGGGAUAAAUCUGAAAAUUCAGCCCGGGUCCCUAGUUUGCAUUACGGGUCCCACGGGAUCCGGCAAGUCCAGCCUCAUCCAGGCCAUUCUUGGUGAGCUGCAAGCGGAGUGCGGACAGAUCGAGGUGAAUGGCUCCCUUUCCUAUGCCUCCCAGGAGCCGUGGCUUUUCUCCGGCACCGUGCGCCAGAAUAUCCUCUUCGGCAAGUCCUUGGAUCGUCGGCGGUAUGCCUCUGUGGUCAAGAGUUGCGCUCUGGAACGGGACUUUGAGCUGCUUCCUUUAAAGGAUAAAACCAUAGUGGGCGAUCGCGGGGCUUCCCUGUCGGGUGGACAGAGGGCGAGGAUCUGUUUGGCCAGGGCUGUCUACCGAGAGGCCUCCAUCUACCUGCUAGACGACCCACUCAGUGCGGUUGACUCCAAUGUGGCCCGUCAUCUCUUCGAGGAAUGUUUCCGUGGCUAUCUGCGCGGACGCACAGUAGUCCUGGUCACCCAUCAGCAGCAGUUCCUGCAGCAAGCCGAUCAGAUUUUGGUCCUGGAUAGGGGCCAAUUGAGUGCCGAGGGCACCUACGAGUCGCUACUUAAGGAAGGAGUCACCAUGCUUGGUUUAGCUGAGAAGGAAGAUCCUGAAGAUCCUGAGGACCUGAGCAUCUGCAGUAACAUUCACAAGGAGCAGCGCCGCAACAGCGAAAAAUCGGAGCAUUCGAUCGCAGACUCUUGUCCGGAGAAGGUCAAUGUGGAGCACCAAGCAUCAGGUGGCAUCAGUCUUUCCUUGUACAGGAAGUACUUCCAAGCGGGCGGUGGAUUUUUCGCCUGUUUCUUCAUGAUUAGCUGUUUUCUGAUUGCGCAGGGUGUGAUCUCAUUAAGCGACUACUUCUUGACCUACUGGGUUAGCAAAAAGCGCCAAGUUGCCGACGAAGGAGGAACUGCUGUCGCGAGCCACUUUAUAAGUUGGCUUGAUAUUGAGUGGUCUGUAGACUCAGAAACAAUGGACAUGUACAUAUUCACGAUGAUCAUGGUGCUGACCAUUAUUCUAAGCGUGGCUUCUGGACUUCUUUUGAUCAACAUCAACAAGAAUGCCUCUAUUCGUUUGCAUAAUACCAUAUUUAAUGCGAUCAUGCGCGCCUCCAAGUACUUUUUCAGUAUAAAUGACCACGGACGAAUUAUGAAUCGUUUUUCCAAGGACAUGAGCCAAGUAGACGAGGUACUGCCCGAAUUGAUGUUAUUUGUCGCACUGUGCUUUCUUUUACUGGCCGGCGUAGUCGUCGUGUUAGCCAUUGUCAAUCCGAUUUUGCUUAUUCCAACACUUGUUAUAGGAAUAGUUUUUCAUCAGCUACAAACAUUUUAUUUAAAAACGGCGACGGAUCUAAAACGCAUUGAAGCAGUUUCUCGAUCCCCCGUUUACUCGCAUUUGGUCGCUUCUCUAUCUGGUCUAAGCACCAUUCGAGCUUUUAGAGCUCAGGACAUUCUGGAGUUGGAGUUUGACCACUUACAGGACAUGCACAGCUCUGCACUUUACAUGUUUAUUACCACAUCAAGGUUUUUUGGGUAUUGGCUAGAUUGUUUGUGUGUUUUGUAUAUUGCUGUCAUUACGCUAAGUUUCUUCGUCUUUCCGCCUGCUAACGGAGGAUAUGUGGGUUUGGCCAUAACACAGGUCCUCGGUUUAACAACUAUGGUGCAGUUUGCAAUGCGCCAAGCCGCCGAGUUGAACAAUACCAUGAUUUCGGUAGAGAGAGUAAUUGAGUACGAGGACAUUGAGCCAGAGGGAUCAUUGGAAGCCCCGGCGGAUAAAAAGCCGCCCCAGUCCUGGCCAGAGCAGGGAAAAAUCGUGUUUGAUGAGCUGAGCCUGCGAUAUAGGCCGGAUCCAAAAGCGGAAAACGUGCUCAAGUCCCUAAGUUUUGUUAUUAAGCCAAGGGAAAAAAUAGGUAUUGUGGGACGCACUGAUGCGGGAAAAUCCUCGCUGAUUAACGCCCUCUUCCGACUGUCCUACAACGAUGGAUCCGUCCUGAUUGACAAAAGGGAUACAAAUGAGAUGGGUCUGCACGACCUGCGCAGCAAGAUCUCGAUUAUUCCCCAGGAACCCGUUCUGUUCUCCGGCACAAUGCGAUACAACUUGGAUCCCUUUGAGGAGUACAGUGAUGAGAAGCUGUGGCACUCCUUGGAGGAAGUGCAGCUUAAGGAGGUGGUGGCCAAUAUGGAAAAGGGCUUGGAGACCAAAAUCACCGAGGGAGGAUCCAACUUCAGCGUGGGGCAGCGCCAGUUAGUCUGCGUUGCAAGGGCCAUUCUGCGGGAUAAUAGAAUCCUCGUGAUGGACGAGGCUACGGCCAAUGUGGAUCCCCAGACAGAUGCUCUAAUCCAAGACACCAUUCGAAACAAGUUCAAGGACUGCACUGUCCUGACGAUCGCUCAUCGAUUGCACACCAUCAUGGACUCGAAUAAGGUAUUGGUAAUGGAUGCUGGGCGAGCUGUGGAGUUUGGGACGCCCUAUGAACUUCUGACAGCGGGAGAUUCCAAGGUGUUCCUCGACAUGGUCAAGCAGACGGGACAGGCCUCUUACGACGGCAUGAUGAAAAUCGCGCAAAAGGCCUUUGAAAGCGUUCAGCAUUAA